AUGACAACUCCGGAUGUGGCGCCGACUAGUUCGGAUCCUAGUGAUGUUCGUGCAGCAGCAGAACCCCGAACCCAGAGCGCAGAGACUUCCGAUGAGUUUGUGAAGAGCCCGGACGAUGAUGAUCAAACCCAGGAUGGCGAAGUGACGAUCGCUGGGGCGGCCGUCAGUGGUGGGGAUCCCAAUCCUGGGAUGAUGAACGCUUCCGUGGCGGUCGCGGAAGGCGAGCCAGCUGGGACAAGCUGGGAAGGAGGCAGCACGGAGACCACGGCCUCUGUGCAUGGCAGCUGGGACUACCAAGGCCGCGACGAUUACGAAGAAGAACCUCGCGAUCCCUGGGCGGAUGGUCGAGAUAGUGCUCUCCGAGGUAGGGAUUCCCGAUUACGUCAUAGGGAAGGAGCGUGGCCUGAGCACCCGCAGGACCGGCGUGACUACGGCGACAACCAAGUGGUGUGGGACGGCUGGCGGCACUAUGCUGGCGGACCACAGAUUGUGCGGUCCGACGAUGCGGGCACGGAUUUCGGAACAAGGCCGACUGGGAGAGCCUCCGAGAAAUUGGCAGUCCCAACCUUCAGCGGUGAUGAUGGCGAGGAUAUGGGCAACUCGGCGAGAUCCUACCUGAGGGAGCUUCCGCAGAGCCAGCAGGGAUUGGUCCUGUAUCGGCACCUCUCCGGCAAGGCAUGGGUUGCGGCCGAGGAGCUCAGCGUCGACAUGCUUGGACGCAACGAUGGCGUCCAAUACCUCCUCGGAUGGUUGCGGGACCGCUACUUGGACUUGGAGGUGACUCGCAUUGGAAAAGCUUUUUCCGAUAUGUUCAGGAAGCUGAAGCGUCGUUCAGGACAAUCUGUCAGGGAUUACAAUUCAGAAUAUGACCGUCUACAUGCUCGCCUACGUGAAACAGGUUGUCGACUUCCUGAAGAAUGCGCUGCUUGGCUUUAUGUUGACAGGCUGAACCUCGAGGAGAACGCCGAGCUCAACCUGCUCGCGUCAGUGGGCAACGAGUACUCCCUCGGGAAGCUCCAGAAGGCAGCGAUCAUUCAGGACCGCGGGCUUCGCAAGCCCUGGGAAGGAACCGACGACUUCGAGAACUUGGACGACAUCCCGGAGGAGGUUGCAGUCGCCUACGUCACCUACCAGAGUGCAAAAAAUCGUUACCGCGACCAGGUGAGGAACCGCGGCUACCAAGGCCAUGGGAAUGCCGAGGCGGGCACCGCCGGCAACACUGCCGGCAAGCAAGGGCGCGGAGAUGAGUCCAGCGCCCGGGACGAGAAGAUCCGCUUGAUGAAGUCGCGCUCUUUCUGCUCGAGCUGUGGUAAAAAGGGCCACUGGCAUAAAGAUAAGGAGUGCCCCAACAACAACAAUGGAGCGUCCGCCGAUGGCCCGAAGGAUAUGAAGAUGUGCAAUAUCAUGCCUGCCCAGGUUCUUGCUCUUCGUCAUGUUGGAGGUGGGGAUCAUCUUCUUGCUAUUGCCGACACAGCCUGUGCGAGGACGGUUGCAGGGACUCAGUGGGUACAGGACUACAUGGACAAGUUGCCCCCUGAUGCCCCUAAGCCGUGCCUUCUUCGAGAGUGUGAAGCCUACAGGUUUGGAACUGGCAAGAUAAUGUAUUCCUCCUUCUAUGUUGUCAUCAGCUUCGUACUUGGGCAAAAGGUUGUUCGUCUUCGCACCUCAGUGAUCAACGGCGAUAUCCCAUUGUUGGUUUCCAGAACAGUCCUCAGCAAGCUAGGCAUGAUUUACGACAUCGAGCAGGGCACCGCCGACUUCACAAAGGUCGGCUUGAGCGGAUUCGAGUUGAUGUCGACGGCUUCUGGCCAUCCGGCCAUCCCGAUCAUUCCAGUAGUUGUUGACGGCGGGAAAGAUUCCGUCCUGCCUGUGGAGGAGCCCGGACUCGAGUCGCGUGAGCCAUAUACAGCGUUUGCCGUGGGUUUCAACAGUAGGGCUGAACACAUGUACAACAUCUACCACGACAAGAAAUUAGUGGCCAUCAGCAAGAUGACGAAGACCCAGCUCCUCGAGGAGGCCCUGCGCUUGGGACUGACGGUGCACAAGUCGUGGUCCCCGGAGGAGAUCAAGGCUAUCAUCAUGGAACACCGGGUGGCGCAGAACGAGAAGGACGCCACCGUUGUGAUGAAGAAGGUGAGCCAGCUCACUCUGCCGGAGUUGAAGAAGAAGGCCCAGUCCCUCAAUAUCGACUUCCCGGCGUCGAUCACCAAGGGCAACCUCUUGCGCCUCGUGAGGGAUUCGCUCAACACCCCGGACAACGAACUGAUGAAGAUACGGGAAUUCCGGGAGAUCCCGCACCAAUAUGGCGUCUGGGCGGUGAACGAGGUGAAGAGCAGUGGAAAUGCGGACGACGAGUUGAUCAGGUUCGCCCGCUGGUUCGAGAACAAGCAGCACGAGAACAAGGGCUAUGCCAGCAGCGACGUGGGGAGCAGUCUUCCGGGACCGUACCCGGGAACGGAGAGCUCGGCAGGGUCCUCGUGGCGAGGGGUCUGGGAGGAGAACUUGCCGACGAGGGCAGUGAACAUGGGGGAGAAGCCGACUCGCGAUCGGCCGAAACGGCCCACCGUGGACACGGACUCCGCCUACCCCGAGAAGGACAUGGACGACGAGCCGGAUGCGGACACGCUCGCCGAGAUCCAGAAGCUGGAGACCCGCUUGGCCCUCCUCAAGGACAAAGCCCGAACCAAGUCGGGCAAGUGA